AUGCCCGCAAGCGGCGCCGACAUUCGCGAGAGUGUAACGAGCGGGGUCUUUCCAGGAGGCAUUGGGGGGUUCCCUAGUGGGAGUGGUGGCCCAGAAGCAGCAUCUGCGGCGGCAAAUGCGGCGUCUCUUGGGGGUACAGUACCAGGCCAAGUGACUGGCGAAAAUGGCGGCAGCGGCGGCGGCGCUGGUGGCGGUAAAGGACAAGGGAUGCCGAACGACUUUAUAGACGUGAGAGUAGUGGGUUCUAAGAAGCUGCAGGAGGCAGGCGGCUCCAUGAUACCUGGAGGGGGGUCUUACGUGGCAUAUGUGAUUGAAACGAAGACGAAUGUGCCUGAAUACGGGGGCCCCUCUGCCCGCGUGGAGAGAAGAUUCCGCGAAUUUGUCGCCCUGGCCGACAGACUGGCAGAAACCCACCGGGGUUAUUUUAUCCCGGUGCGGCCGGACAAGAACGUGAUGGAGAGUCAGGUGCUGCAGGGGGCGGAGUUUGUGAAGACGAGGCAGGUGGAGCUCGAUAAGUAUGUGCAGCGCCUGGCACGCCACCCCGCCAUCUGCAGGAGCGCGGAUCUGAUUUCCUUUCUGACGUCAUCAGAGAGAUUUCAGCCCGCCACGUCAGUAGACCUCGCUUCCCGCGUGCUGGAAGGUGCCGUGAAGCUUCCUCAGCAGCUGUUUGGGGCGGCAGACUCCAUCACGCCGGCAGAAGCUGCCAAACCGGCGGGCGGCGGGAGGAACCUUCUGAGAAUGUUCAAGGAGUUUGGGCAGUCGGUGGCGAACGAUUGGACGGGCAAGCCGCCAGCUGUCAGUGGAUCCACGUCAGCAGCAGGAGGAGGAGGAGGAGGAACGUCCACGUCAGCAUUAGAAGCAGGAGCAGGAGCGGGAGCAACAGGCGAAGAAUCCGGAAACUCCAGCGGAAAAGGACAAACGGCGCCGACCGCAGCGGAGGUCGAGGCGGACGAGGCGCGGUUCGGUUCAGCCCGAGCCAAGCUGGUAGACCUGGACAAACACCUUGCCGAGGCUACAGCCGGCGCGGUGCAGAUGAUGCAGGCCCAGGACGGCUGUAGCCGCAUUGUGGGGUCCCUGGGCAUCACGUUUGGAUCCCUGGCUAAGCUGCAGGGGCAACGCCUGGUAGAGGGUGGCGCGGGGGGAGCAGGGGGAGGCGGAGGGGGAGGGGGAGGGGGACGCGGAGGGGGGGGCGCAGCAGGGAUUGCUGGUGCGGGGGUAGGGGGGUCGGAAGGGGGAACUGGGUCGGAGACAGGGGGAGGGGGGGGGGAGGGGGAGGUGGAUGGGAUAAGGGGGCGAGGCAGCAGGAGCGGGCGUUUGUGGCGGAGUGUCAGAGCGUGGGCAAGGGCAUGGUGCGCAUCCAUCCUCCUCGAAUACCACAAGACAACGGCCGCCGCCCGGACGGCCCUCGCUGACCGGUCCCAGGCGCUGCUGACGUGGCAGACGCUGGAGAGCGAUCUGGGCGGCAAGAAGACAAAGCUGGACCGGUUGGGGUCGGUGGACGGAUCAGAUCCCGCCAAGCAGAAGAAGGCUCAGGAUUUGCAGAGGGAGAUUCUGGCUCUUGAGAAGGCAAAAGAGGCUGCUAUUAACGAGUACAAUAAAAUCACAGAGCGCAAUGCAUCAGAGCUGCGGCGGUUUGAGAGCGAGAGGAAGCAGGAGUUUCUGGCCAUGCUGGGAAAUUUCGUGCAGGACCAGGUGCGUGCAUGGGUGGCAGGACCAGGUGCGUGCAUGGGUGGCAGGACCAGGUGCGUGCAUGGGUGGCAGGACCAGGUGCGUGCAUGGGUGGCAGGACCAGGUGCGUGCAUGGGUGGCAGGACCAGGUGCGUGCAUGGGUGGCAGGACCAGGUGCGUGCAUGGGUGGCAGGACCAGGUGCGUGCAUGGGUGGCAGGACCAGGUGCGUGCAUGGGUGGCAGGACCAGGUGCGUGCAUGGGUGGCAGGACCAGGUGCGUGCAUGGGUGGCAGGACCAGGUGCGUGCAUGGGUGGCAGGACCAGGUGCGUGCAUGGGUGGCAGGACCAGCACCCCCCUAUCUCCCACCCCCACCUCUCCCACUCCUUCCCCGCCCCCCGUCGAGCUUGGGAGAAGGCACGCUGGACUGA